CGCGGGUUCGGGAGGUCGGAGCGCGCUUCCAGGUGUCCCCGGCAGAGGGCGCGGGCAGCUGCGCAGCCCGCGGAGUCUCGAGGCCGGAAGCCGCGCGGCGCCGCCCCGCUCGCCCCAGCCGUCGCCAUGAAGGCCGUGGUGCAGCGCGUCACCCGGGCCAGCGUCACAGUUGGUGGAGAACAGAUAAGUGCCAUCGGACGGGGCAUCUGCGUGUUGCUGGGUAUUUCCCUGGAAGAUACGCAGAAGGAACUGGAGCACAUGGUCCGGAAGAUCUUAAACCUGCGUGUGUUUGAGGAUGAAAGUGGGAAACACUGGUCGAAGAGCGUGAUGGACAAACAGUACGAGGUGCUGUGCAUCAGCCAGUUCACCCUGCAGUGCGUCCUCAAGGGGAACAAGCCCGACUUCCACCUGGCGAUGCCCUCAGAGCAGGCCGAGGGCUUCUACAACGGCUUCCUGGAGCAGCUGCGCAAGGCGUACCGGCCGGAGCUUGUCAAAGACGGCAAGUUUGGUGCCUACAUGCAAGUUCACAUUCAGAACGAUGGGCCUGUGACCAUAGAACUGGAAUCUCCGGCUCCUGGUGCUGCUACCUCCGACCCAAAGCAGCUGUCGAAGCUUGAAAAGCAACAGCAGAGGAAAGAAAAAACCAGAGCCAAAGGGCCUUCUGAAUCAAGCAAGGAAAGAAGCGCUCCUCGCAAGGAAGACCGCAGCGCCAGCAGCGGGGCCGAGGGGGACGUGUCCUCGGAGCGGGAGCCGUAGGGGGCCGGGGCGCAGUGCAUUAUCACUGGGCAGAACUGGAUCCUGAAAAACUCAUGAAAGAUGCUAGGCACCUACUACUUUAAGGAUUUGGAACUGAAUCCUGAAAAGGAAGAUGGAAAUAAGAAACUGGGAACCUGAAUAGCCCUGAAAAAACAAAAACAAAACAAAAUGAACCCACCAAAGUAGCGUUACCGUUUUCUGUUGCUGCUGUGAUUUAGUAGAGGAGGGGGUGCUGCCAGUGUGGGGAAGGUGCCCCGUGCACAGGGCAGGCAAGGAAUACACCCAAGCGUCCCCCUCAGAACGGCUGUGUUGGUCCCUCUGAUGUCUCAGCUUGCUCUCGGAACAGGCUGGCCCAACAUCACUUGUCAUCGAGUCCCCCUUUCACACUGUGGUGUAUUUCCGCAUUUCCAUGGUGGGUCCCAAAUGCAUUCCUGCUGUCUGUGUUUUUCCCAUCACUGGCUAAGCCAGGGCUCCUGUUAGGGUGUAAAGAGAAUAGUCAUCAAUGAUAAUGUAUUAUGUGAGACCUUUGCAUCUUGUAAAUUUUAUCUGUUUUUUCUAAACAGAAAUAAACUCCAAAGCUCAACAGACUA